ACAUUUUCGAAUAGGUAGUUCAAUUCCAGUCAACACACGAGCAACGACCGACGGGCUUAUUAGUCUUUAAACGUCAACGCAGGCCCAUGAUAUUAUUGAUAUACCUCACGUCAACGCAAUAAUAUUGUACAAAUAUACAAUAUUAAUUUUUCAUUAUAAAUAAAUCCGUGAAAAAAAUAUAUUAAAAUAAUGCCAGACACUGUGGUUACCGUUCAAAAUCCCGAGUCUAAACCUGGAAAACCAGGAGUGGAAAAUGGAAACAUGAACAACAUUUUCUCUUGGGUGGAAAUCAACUACAAUUAUUUCAAAACCUUACCGGGGAUAUUGAAAUUGGCUCAGUUGAUACUCGGCAUAAUAUGUUUGGCACUUGCCUCGCCGGCCAGGUUACCGGGUACCAAUUGGUUCCUGUUCGUGGUCAUCAUCAGUUUCAUAGCAACGGCCAUCUGGUCGUUUGUCUACCUACUCUCCAUUCGGGAGGCUAUUAAUUUCCCAAUCAAUUGGGUGCUUACGGAAUUCUUCAACACGCUUCUAUUGACCGUCCUAUACACGGUCGCGUUCAUCGUACAAAUUGCGGCCUGGUCCAGGCCGUAUCAGUCUUAUUACAGGAACCCAAACAUAGCUGCAGGGGUGUUCGGAAUUAUCAACGCGGCUGUGUACGGGACUGGAGUGUACCUGAUAUUUAGCGAUUGGAAAAAGUCAAGAACUGCAUCGACUGUUCAACAGCAAUAAUAUUCGCGAGGACAGAAAAACAAGCCUGCUACCUAUAAUAAAAAAUUUGUCUCCACACACACGAUAUCAUAUGUAAUAUUACUUAUUAUUAACACAUUAUAAUAAUAUAUUAUAAUAUAGAACCCAAAUGUUUUAUA